AUGGCCAGCAACAUCAUCGGCAACAGGAAUAGCACCCCGGAGGCGUCCAAAACCUCUCUUCGCCCACCCUCCUCGAGGACUAUCGGCACAUCCGGCACUCAUACCCAGCCUGUCCGUUCUUCUGCCGACAUGUCUUUUACCUCUCCCCUUUCGUCACGUUCCAUCCGCCCCGCUUCCGAGGUCUUAUACAACCAGCAGUCUCAGCAAGGCAGCAUGGACGAUUCAAGCAAGUUGGGGGAACAGUGGAUUCAGGACAUUGAACAAUAUGAAACCAUGCUGGAAGAGAUGGCGGCGGCAACACUGGAUCAGGACUUUAAAGACGAGUUGAGCGCCAUCGAGCAAUGGUUUCGAGUCCUGAGCGAGGCCGAGCGCACGGCUGCCACCUAUGCCCUCAUUCAACAGACCACUCAAAUGCAGCAACGGUUCUUUGCUCAAGUUUUGAACCAGAUGUCCAAAAGUCAUCCCAUUUCCGGCGUUCUGUCACCUGCAAAUUUCGGUGAAAAGGACGCCAUGUCCAGCCGCCUGAGCGACGCCAUGUCCAAGUUGAACGUGGACGAUCGGAGGACGUCUUUGACUCGACCGCCAGUCUCCCCAGCCGGUAAUAAGCGCAAUUCAGGCCUGGAUCAGUCCACCAUACAUGCAAUGUUUCCGGAUGCUGUCGCCGCCAUUCAGCAGCAAAAGGCCGAAUACGCCCAACAGACCGGCAACCCACCUCCGUCAAACAGGAACAGCACGGUUGUAGGAGAUCGCAGUUCACUGGUCGCCCCAACUAUAGCGGCUCCUAGAGAGUCUAAGGCAGACGCCAUGAGCUGGCGCCAAGGUGGAGGAGAUACCCAGCAGCCUCCCAUAUCCAGACCCAAAUCCUCGUCUGGCCAGCAGGGGCAGCACCAGCCAAUGGGUCAGUUUAGUCAACCUCCAUCAUCUGGUGCUCUUCGUUCUCCGCGUCCACUGGGAGGUUCUGGUGGUAACAUUCAGAGCACCACACUGACCGCUCCGGACCCGGUGUCCAGCGAUAUGCCACUGCUGUCUCCUUACAAUGUAGGCAACCAGAGUUGGGCUUCAAUGACCAAUACGCCAAUGGUUCCGAACUUCAGUCAAGCUCAGUCCCAUAGCGAAAUGGUGGCCAAUGCAACCGCCAUGAAACUAGCCGCCCUGUCCACAGUCAACAACAGAAUCGCCCUGGACGACGUCAAGAAAUAUCGCCGUGCUAGGUCGAACGAACCUCAACCACAGCCACAAACCCCCCUGACCCCGGGUAUUACAGCUUCUGGCAUCCCAGGAAUCAAUACUAUUAUGGUCAAUGAUCACGGCCAGAUCCUCAAUGCUCAGCAAGUAGCAGCCAUUCAAGCACAACAGAUUGCUGCAGCACAAGGACGCCGAUCUCGACCCAAUUCUCCUGGUCUUCCUCUACAGACGCCUCUCGGACAAACAGCUUUCUCUUCACCUCAACACAAUGGAUUCCUGGCUGCAUAUGAGGGCACUCCCAUCAUGAUUGGUGCAGGGAUGCCGGGACUAGUUCCUCAAACAGGCAUAUUUGGUGGUGGCGGUGAAGGAUAUCUAUCCGAUCACUCGGAGAUCAAUCGUGGCAGGUCGCCCCGAGGGCGCCGUGGGAGCUCCAAACCUCCCGAAGACCCCACUGAUCCGAAUCUGCUGAAAGAUAUUCCGACGUGGCUUCGAUCCUUGAGACUACACAAGUAUACCGACAACCUGAAGGACCUUAAAUGGGAGGAAUUAAUACAGCUCGAUGACAAGGGGCUGGAAGCGCGCGGUGUGAAUGCUUUGGGUGCGAGGAACAAGAUGCUCAAGGUGUUUGAGCAAGUCAAAGAAGCCCAAGCCGAAGGCAAGCUGUAG